GCGUCCAUUUCAUGUUUACUCGUCAAGCAAGUUGUCGUCGCCUUGCUUUUCUCUGAGGAUUAAAACUAGAAACUUUGUUUUUUUCUGGACUUCCGCACUUUUGUGACAUUUAAUGAUGAACUUGCUUUGCUUCUUCCUCCUAGUUGUACAAACACACAGCGUGACGCCUGUGAUUCACACGCUGCAGUAUUUCACCACCGCAUGCUCUCAAGUUCCAAACUUCCCAGAGUAUGUGGAGGUUGGUUAUGUUGAUGAAGUUGAGGUGAGUUACUAUGACAGCAACAUCAGGAAAACAGAAUCCAAACAGGACUGGAUGAACAAAAUCACAGCAGAGGAUCCAAACUACUGGAAGAUAGAAACAGAGUACAAUCUUGUUAGAGAACAUGUCUACAAAGACAACAUUGAAAGACUUAGGAAGCAUUUCAACCAAACUGGAGGUGUUCACACUUUCCAGGAGAUGACAGGAUGUGAAUGGAAUGAUGAGACUGAUGAAGUUAAAGGUUGGCAUCAGUUCAGUUAUGAUGGAGAAGAUUUCAUAUCGUUGGACAUGAAGACAUGGACAUUUACUGCAGCAAAACAACAAGCUUUCCCCACCAAACUCAAGUGGGACCAGGACACACUUCAUCUAGACGACCUUAAGUAUUAUUACACUGAGAUAUGUCCUUCUUACUUGAAGAAGUAUGUGGAGUAUGGGAAGAAGGUCCUAAUGAGAACAGCUGGUGACGGUGGUAACCAGCUCUCAGAGAGACGUGAAGGCUGAAGGCUGAGUGACACACAGCACAGAUGCUUUGUGCACUGGAACACAGAGAGAUGUCUCCAUCGCUGAGGGACCUCAUCACACUUGGACUUUUCUUUCACAUCUGCACUAAUUGCUCCUCGUCUUACACCAUGUCUUCUUUGGCUGUUUGUGGCUGACAAAACACCUUCAAUCUGCAUUUGUCAACAAUAUUUUGUCAGAUGUUGAUCUUUGUGUCCAUGUAGUUGUGAUGUCAUCAUUUGGGGCUCAUGUGUCAUCACAUUGACAAGGAUUUCUUCUUUCCUUUUCAAACCAAUAGACAGCUGCUUAUCAGUGAAUAUCACCUUGUCACAUCUCAUCAUUAUUUUUAACAAUAUUUUGGAACAAUAGUACCAUUUUUAACUACUUCCGUAUGCUAAUAUUAAUUGUUUUUGAUGUAACAUUUAAGAAUGUUGAUUAUGAGAACUGCUGUCCAGUUGUUAUAUCUUCUUUUCUGAUGACAUUAGUCUCAUUUGCAAUGCAAUUGCACUUCCAAGACCAUUAGAUGGCAGCACUCUAUAACUAUUUAUGCUAUGUUGUCAAACUAGAAAGUAGCUUUUUUUUUCAGGAAAUUAACUUUUUAGGUUGCCCCCUACAAAGUGUCAAUACUGUAAGAAUAGUUAUUACACAAAAUUGUAAAAUUCGAACUAUAAUCUUAGUUGUUUCCUUUACCAAAUUCCAAGGUGUUGAAAUCGCCAUGUAAAAUCCUUCAUGUAAAUAGUAGCCUGUCUUUGGCAAAUCCUAUGUAAAUUAACAAUAAGCUAGCGCAUUUUGGAAGAGUGUCGCAUUACUUUAUGUUUGCGCUGUUUUUUUAUUAAGCACUGUGUUGGUGUUGAAAAUGGCAAGGUGACUUAGAGGGAGUUUGGCUGAGUCCGGCCUGAGUGCUGCUUGAGUGAUUGUUUACCUGAGCCGGUGUUUAGUCUGAAAGCAGACAUGACGUCACAUGCAAUACAGGUAUCCAACUUGAUUUUACAUAAUUGAUAGUACUGAGGGAAUCGGGUCAUCACCUACAAAAGUACUGAAUUGGGUAGCCAACCUUACCAGUUAGUGUGACGGAGGGGGACAGUGACACAAAAUGUUUAUGACAAAGCAUUGUCAAAUAUUUAUAUUUUUGAAACAAUUUGCUGUUUUUUCCGUUCCUUUUUGCAUAAUCAUAUUUUUGCUUGAUUGCCAAACAUGCCGAGGAUGUCAUUUGGGAAGUAAACAAGGUAGGCCGUUCAUAUACUCUUGAUAUUCAGUGUUUUAUGUGUACAAUGUUUCAUGUACAUUCUGGGGGUUUUAUUCAGUAAAAACUUGUCAAAUACAAA